AUGAUAAUUAAAUGUACUUAUAAAUUAUCAAAUUAUCAUAUUUUUAAAUGUAAAUUUAUCAAAUAUCAAUUUAUUUUUACUGAUUUAAAAUUUUUAAAAAUAAAAUAAAAAUUGAAAUAGAAAAUCAAUUUAUUGAUAAAAAAAUAAAAUAACCUGAAAAUAAAAAUAAACAAUUUUUAUAUUUUAUUUUUUUUAAUAAAAAUAUUAAAAAUGAUCAACUAAGAAAAUUAAGGUACCAAUAGAUUUAAUUUAGUAUAUGAUUAUAUUGAUGAAAGAGACUUAUCGUAGUUAGAACCUGUUGUUAAAUGUAUUCCUACUCUUAGCUCGUUUGAACUUAGAUUUAACAAUUAUAGUAGGAUUGGAAAAAAAGGAACCUAAAAAAUAUCUGAAGCGUUAUCUAUCUCUCAAAAAAUGAAUUCAUUUAAAUUAUAUCUUAACUAACUCAGAAUAGGAAAUGAAGCUAUUGAGACACUCUCAUAAGGAAUAUCGAACUGUUUGAAUUUAUAAUCUAUUGUUUUAAAUCUUCAUGAUAAUAUGAUGAAUUGUUAAACUUUUUAAAAAUUAUGCGAAUAAAUAUCUAAAUGCAAAUAAUUAAGAGCUUUAGAUCUAGAUGUUAGCAAAAACUACAUUUUGAGUAAUGAGUAAAGUUCAUAAGCUUUAUAAAUAAUCUUUACUAUGAUUCCAAAUUUAAAAUUUCUCAGUCUUAAUUUGAGAUAAAAUAAAUUAGAAACAAGUAAUAAAACACCUUGCUUGUUUAUUUAUUUGUAUAAAUGUAUCAACUUAGAAUACUUAUGCUUAAAUUUAGAGUAAUUAGUUUAAAUCAACUCAAAUAAUAAUUUUUAACUAAGCUUAAAUAAAAAAUAUUAAGAGAAACUGGUAUAAUUUAAGAAGAAGUUUACUAAAUUGGGCAUUCAAUUUAAGAGAUAAAAAUAUUGA